AUCUAUCACAUGUUGCGCAAGAUAGUGUGUGAAGUUUUUAUCUCCCACCGCUAUUAUCUAAUUCUCCAUCAACACGCAUACACAACUUAUAAUAUAUCGAAUGUGUUGCUUUUACCCUGAGAGGUGUACUGUAUAUAAUUUGUUCAGAUAUUUAAUCCUGGACUUAAUAAUGGCUAAAAAUCUAUCGAAGUUACUCAGUAAUGACUAUUUAUAGUUUGUUAUGAAUCGUUUGGUUUAUUUGUUCGUAAAUUUCUUCUGAUGCUGGCAAAGAUAUUUUACCAGUUGUUAUGUUGCAUACACAUUAACUUAACACAUCUAUACAUGGUUUAGUUAAGCAGAAAAAACAACCAGAGGAAGCCAGUACCACUGUUUAUGCUAGAGCCAUAUCAGAACAUUCUGCAACAAGUAUGUCUAAUUUUGCAACUACCAGUGUCGAAGCUGAAGUUGGGGCCGAGGGACCUGAUGGCAAAAUGUCUCCCGUCAGACGUACCUUCUGUUUGAUUGCAACAUUUGACAUCAUCUUUACAGUUGUCAUUUGGAUAAUAUACACUCAGAUAUUAAGUGCAAGUAAGACUGACUCGUAUAAAAAUGAAGUCUUAAACUAUGAUAUUCAUUAUUCUAUGUUUGAUAUAGUAAUGUCUGCUGCUGUACGCUUUGUGCUGCUGAUUUUAGCAUAUGCAUUAUUCCGCAUCCGACACUGGUGGAUGGUUGCUAUUGCAACUUUUCUGACGUGUACAUUUCUUAUUGCAAAAUGUCUGGUGUUUGAUUUUAAUUAUGCUUCAAACUCCCUGACGUAUGCCUUACUUCUGGUUUCCUUUGUUAUCUGUUGGAUUGAAACAUGGUUCUUAGAUUUCAAAGUUCUGCCACAAGAGAAAAGAUAUUUACUUAGAACUCUUAUUCCCGCUGUAUCUGAACGAACUCCUUUACUGCGAGGCAAUAAUCCUGAGAAUCCUGAUGCUAUUUCUACAACUGAUGAAUUUCAUUCUCCUAUAGACAGCCCUGCAAGUUCAGAUGAGGAGCCAAUGGAAGGAACCAAUAAAUAUAGUCAAGCAGUAAACAGACAAACUUUAAUUGACAAAACUCCAAUGGAUUUGUCAUACUUAAAAUUGGGGAAAGAGUCUUGGGAACAAGUUUAUUCUUUAUACAAAUCAGAAAGUAACUGGGUCUUUCAGUGCGGAAAAGAUGCUACAGAAGGCUGUGUAUUAAGUAAAAAAUCCCAUGUGGGGAAUAAGAUAUUUUUCCUGCAGGCUGUAUUAAACAUAAGUGCAAAAGAAUUAUGGGAAGAUCUGGUUUUUAGAACUGAAGAUUUAUCAACAUGGAAUCCAACAAUAUUAGAUAGUAAGUUAAUCAAGCCCCUAAGUGAGAACUGUGAUAUAUCCUACUAUGUUGCUGCUCCUGGUGCCAAGGGUUUGGUGAAAAGUCGAGAUUUUGUGGUAGUACGCAAAUGGGGAAAACGAAAGGGGUUAUAUUUUUCAACUGGAAUGAGCGUGAAAUUUCCCAAUAUACCUCCAGUUGAUAAAUGUGUCAGAGGUGAAAAUGGUGCUGGUGGUUACUUAGUUGAACCACUCUCUACAGAACCUAAUAAAUGUAAAUUUUACUGGUUUUGCAAUACAAAUUUAAAGGGUAUGCUACCCCAGAAAUUAGUUGAUUCAGCACUGGGUGGCAUGCAGCUAGAUUAUUUAAAACAUCUACGACAUCAUGUUGAGCAGCUCAGACAAUAUAAGGUGUGAAACUGCUUGUAAUAUACCCAAGAAAGUGACUCUAAUUUAUCUGGAAGUAUACCAUCAUUGAACUCAUCUUUAGUUCUCAAGCACUGGAUCACAAGAUCAUAUCUAAAAGAUCAUAUUCUUUUUUAAUUUGUAUUUUUUACAGCUCAUAUAUAUAUAUAUAUAUAUAUAAUGAUAAUAAUAAUUUUACCAAUACUGUUACAAAAUUGGAGAGACAAAGUUUAUGAUAUAAAACUUUAAUAUAUUUCAUGUUUCUCACAAAAUGGAUCAAUGUCAUUACUUCACUCAACCUCAUGCUUUAAAUUUUUCUUUUCCAAACAAAAAAAAAAAAAAGAGAUGAGAAAGAAAAUUGUGUUAUUUUUUCUUCUCCUUCCUGCCAAGAUGUAAAAA